UCAUCCUUAAAUAAGAUUAGGAGUCCCUAGAUUUGAUCAAAUCAUCAAUUAACACAGAGAGAACCUGUAACUGCUAUUACGAGAGCUUCUAUUGCUUCUUUGUCAUUCAAACGAUCUGUAACCAUGGAUUCAGCUUCUUGCUCGAUUCUUUACACUCUUAGCUUAUCAAGAAUUCAAAUUCCUAAACUAAAUAGAACCUUUCUUCAUUCCAUCCCGUCAUUUGCUUCUACUUCGGAGAGGAAUUUCAGAUUUUGUGGCAAAAACUUGCACUUCAAUCGAGUUCUUGCUUCGAACUCAUCGUCUAAUCCUAUUGAUGAGAAUCCAUCUCAACCACUCGCUGUUAUUCUUGAAGUUGAAGGGGUCCUUAUGGAUGUAUAUCGCUUAGGAAAUCGCCAAGCCUUCAAUGUAGCAUUUCAAAAACAUGGGCUUGACUGUGCAAAUUGGACGGAACCAAUUUACGUAGACCUCUCAAGGAAAGCUGGUGGUGAUGAGAAAAUGAUGUUGGUCUUAUAUUUUAACAGGAUUGGUUGGCCUACUUCAUUGCCCACCAAUGAGAAGGAAACAUUUAUGAAAAGUGUUCUGAGGGAAAAGAAGAAUGCAUUGGAAGAGUUUGUGAUGGCGAAAAGUUUGCCUCUAAGACCUGGAAUUGAAAACUUUAUUGACGACGCACUUCACAAUGGUAUACCUGUGGUCAUUGUAACGGCUUACGACAAAAGUUGCGAUAAAAUGUCCAGGUCCAUAAUUGAAAAACUUGGUAAUGAAAGAGUUUCAAAGAUAAGGACUGUUGGAAAGGAAGAAGUGGAACAAAGUCUUUAUGGUCAACUUGUAUUUGGUGAAGGUGUUACUGCUGGUUUGGAUGAGCAACUAGCAAAGGAAGCAAUAAAAGCAGCUUCUGCUGAGAAGCAAAGGAUUGCUGAGGAGGUUGCGUCAGUGCUGAAACUGAAAGUGGAGAUUGACACCAGCUCAACUGAAAGGCAGAGAGCUUCAGGAACUGAUAAAUCUAAGACUUUGUGGUUUAUUCAGCAUUCAAAAUAUUGUGGUGGCAUUGCGUGCAGCAGCGGAAAAUGCAGGGUUGCCUGUGCAAAAUUGUGUGCUCAUUGCAGGAAGUCAAUCCGGGGUGAUGGGAGCUGAGCGAAUAGGCAUGCCAUGUGUUGUUCUUCGCAGUAGCUUGACUUCGAGAGCUGAGUUCCCUUCAGCAAAUGCCAUAAUGGAUGGUUUUGGAGGGGCGGACCUUACAAUCUCCAAACUUCGCAAUAAGAAAUGGUUGUGACUUCUAUGCCGUAAAUUUCUUUUUGAGCCGUUACUUAUUUUGACAUAUAAAAUGUAACAGUAUUUCAAAUUUCUCAAUGAUGAUUGUGAGUAAUCAAAGUGGAUAGAUGUUAUAUCUUACUUUAUCUUCCAGAGUAGAGUUUUUCGAUUUCUCUAUUCA